GAAAUUAAGAGACAAAGAUAAGUAAACCAUUAACUCAAUUUAAUCAAAGAUCCUUUUUAAAGCUUUUGAAAAGUCUCUCUUCCUCUUUCCUUACCGCCACCACUCCAUUCAAACACCUAUCCUCAUCAAAGUCUCUUACCUUUGAUCUUAUCAUCAUAAUAUAAAACACAAUGGCUUCAAUCCUAACUUGGACUUUAGCCUCUUUGGCAAUCUCAGGAUCUGUUUUAGCACAAGGUGAUCCAGAAGCACUCGUUCCAGGAAAAGCUGGUCAACCAACAAAAGCAUGGACACAAUGGCAACCAAAGCCAACAUAUUCUCUUGAUGAAUUACCCGAUCAAUAUAUGGGAUCAAAUCGUGUUCCUUCCCUGCCAAACGGAGGAGAACCACAAACGGGUUGGAACAGAUGUGCGGCCGGUAAAUGGAAUCAAAAGAGUCUAUGUCAAACGGCUUGGAUUAAUGAUGUGAAUGAUUGGUGUAUUUGGGGUCCUCCUGAUGGAGGUGACAUUGGUACAACAGAACGUGUUGCUGUUGCUUAUUGCACAACCAACAAGCACGGAACACGUUUGAUUCCUGAUGGAACAUUAACAAGUGUUCAUUUCUUGAAAACUCCAAGUUACGUUCAAGUUUCAGGUACCGGUGAUUUCACUUCAAUCGGUAUUCCAAUGGGUGACUCUGGAGGUGAAAUGGACCCUCACGGAGCUGAUGAUUUGGGUAACCCAAUCGGUGGUAUCAUGUUUACAACCGCUAAUCCAGCUUCUAAUGGACAACCUAGACAAGUCCGUGAAUGGACAAACUUUAUGUCUUGGGAUCAAUACUGCCUUCGUGCUUGCUGGGGUGAUCAAGCUGCUGCUCAUUGUGAACAUAUUUACGAUGUUAUGGGAUGCAGAUGGAACAUGCCAAGUCUUUCAGGUUACACUGCUGGUAUCUGGGAAUCAUGCGAAGGUGAAGACGCUCCAUUACAAGGUAUCUAUGGUGGAUCCACUUUCCGUCAAGGUGAAGCAGUCACUCCUGAUGCACAUCCACCAGCAGCUUCUUCAGAUUGUGUUCAACAAAAAUCUUUGGGUAACGGUUUAUACUCUAUCUCCAGCACAGGACCAUCUGCACCAACUUCAACAAUGCCAACCAGCGGAAGUGGAAGUGGUUCCAACCGAGGAGGAAGUACUUCAGGAAGUUCUCCAACAAAUGGAGCCGACAGAGCCGCAUCAAACAACACAAGCAGCGCCACUUCCAUCUUCCAAAAGCCAUCUCUCACUGCAAUCGCAUCCACUUUCGGUGUUGGUGCUUUGGCAGCUUUGUGCUAUGUUCUCUAGAUUACCUUUCUAGGAGCUCUAUAAAUGGACACUUAUGCUCCUAAUCAUUUUUAC